AUGGAAUCACUUUCGCCUGAAUGUACACCUUUAAAACAUCGAUAUGAUUCAUGUUUUAACGCUUGGUUCGAAGGUUAUCUCCAACCGGCACUGGCUGCGUCAACUUCGACUUCGAUUUUGACUUCCCCUUCUCCAUCCACCUCUACUCUACCCUCACUGACACCUGCUCCUAGUACCAGCACUGUGGACGCUACUUCGAGUUCGAGUCCGGCGAGUCCAUCAGAAUCAGUCAGAGUUACACCUAAAGUAGAACCUAGAAAACCAUUGAUCACAUCAUGGGCAUCUGCCUUCCCUUCCCGACGACCCAAAAAAGUCAAACAGAGGUCAAAAUCACCUAUAAACAAUCAACCUAGUCAAAUAGGACAAGAACAAGAAGUAGAAGAAGAACAUCAUUGGUAUGAUUUCGUCUUACCUGAAGAAUCUGAAGUGGACGCAGAUACCAUAACAGAUCAAGAAAUGGCUCAGGGACAAGAAGAGGUCAUAGAUACGAAAGGAAAAACAAGAUCGCAAAUCAAAGCAGAGGAAUAUCAAAGGAAUUGCGGAAGGUUCUGGGAUGAUUAUCAAGGUUGUCUGAAAAAAGCAAUCGCCCAAAACGAAUCAUUAUCAACCUUACUCGAAACGGCAAGAGAAGAACAUCCUCUAGGUAGUUUAGAUGGACUGAAAGGUACUCCAUGGGAUUCGAAAGCUGAUUUUACCAAAGAAGAUCAGGAUUAA